GCAGAGACAAGCCCACAGCAGCUUACCCAAAAGGAAAUCUGGGUUGUGACUAUUCCAUGAUGGUUUCUCUUAUGUUUGCAUUCUUCGUGGCAUUCAGCCGGCUUGAGUGAUCUCAUGGAAUGCACAUGGGAUUUUUCUACAUGAAAACAUUAAGCCCAACUCUGUGCUCGACCGAGCUCUCGCCCAGACUGGAGUCUCUACAUUGGUCCAUUUGAAGGAAUUAUAUCGGAUUUAAAAAAAAAAGAAAAGAAUUAUUUAUCUUUUUAAGUGUAUAUCAUGUGACUUGGGAUGUGAUGCAAGGCGUCUUCGCUGACUGGAUCGAUGCCGUACUAAAGGUGAAGGACAAUGUGGAUACCCUUGUUCAUUUGGAUUCUGCACUUCAUAAAUCUUACAAAAGGCCUUGAAAACACAAGAGGUAGCUCCUCUGUUAGCAGACUCUGUCCAGCAGGUUGUGCGACAUGCUCUGCUCUGAAUGGCUGUCUCUCCUGCAUCCCUCGCCUGUUCUUCCACUUGGAGCUGGAUGGGAUGCGGCAGAGGGGGACCUGUCUGUCCUCCUGUCCCCGGGGUUACUAUGGUAGGCGCUCUCCACACAUCAGCACCUGCACCAGGUGCAAGGUGGACUGCGCUUCUUGUUUCAGUGAAAAUUUCUGCACACAUUGUCACCCGGGUCACUUCCUGUUCCAGGGCAAAUGUGCAAAUAGCUGUCCAUAUGGGCUGACGGGUAACACAGUACUGCGAGAAUGCACAGUGUGUUCUACAGGAUGUGAGGUGUGUGUGAGGAGGAACAUGUGUGUGAGGUGUAGAGCAGACCUGUACUUUCUCCAGGGUCAGUGCCAUCUCUCCUGUCCAACUGGAUUUAAGCCUGAUGUGCAGCUUAUGCAAUGCGUCCCCAAAGUGCACUGUGAGGUUGGGGAAUGGACAGGUUGGAGUCCAUGUGUUCAGAAAAGGAGCAUGCGGUCCUACAGGAGGGGACAGGAGAAACGUAAGCGACAACUUCUGCGGUCUCCAAGUGACGGCGGUGAACCCUGCUCACAUGUGUCAGAAAUUAGGAAGUGUGUCAUCAAAAUGAGACCAAAGAGUCCAAGUAGGUUGUAAUAAGUUAAAAAGAGAGCCCAUUAGAUUGAUUAUUUGUUGAUAUUGCAGAGAUAUUCAACUUGCACCGUUUACAUUGGAUGGUUAAACUAUGGUAAAUUGAAAAUGAUUGUAAAUUGUUAAGAUGUAUUCAUCUUUUUUCAUGCAGUCCAACAGAAAAAAAUAAA